AUGGAAUCAAAAGAAAGUGUCCUUCACAGUCCUCAGGAAGAACGAUCAGGAGAAAGCGACUAUCCCGAAGGGGGACUACGAGCAUGGCUGGUCGUUUUAGGGUCAUGGUGCGCCAUGAUUCCAUCUAUGGGGCUUCUUAAUUCCCUCGGAAUCCUACAUGCCUGGACCAACUCUCAUCAACUCAAGGAUUAUUCCGAGUCUAGUAUUGGAUGGAUCUACGGCGCUUAUGGAUUCUUUCUGUAUUUUGCCGGUGCUCAAACUGGCCCGAUAUUCGAUGCAUACGGGUCAGCUUACGUGGUCGUCCCGGGGUCUAUCGGAAUGGUUGCUUCCUUGAUCUGUUUGAGUUUUAGUCAAGAAUAUUACCAGAUCUUCCUUUCCUUCAGUGUUCUAGGCGGCCUCUCAGCCUGCACGCUUUUUACGCCCGCUGUUUCAUGCGUUGGGCAUUGGUUCAACGUCCGUCGAGGUCUUGCAACAGGGAUAGCCUGUACAGCAGGUGGCCUAGGAGGCAUUAUUUUCCCAUUGAUUAUAUUAUUCGCGGCGCCUAACAUAGGGUUUCCGUGGGCAAUUCGCAUCAUUGCCGUCCUCUCCGCUGUCCUUCUCGUGCUAGCCUGUCUGCUCUUGCAAACAAGACUUCCGCCCAACAAGAAGGCCGAGGCUUCUAUCGACUUCAAAGCGCUCAAAGAUAUUAAAUUCGCGUCCACCGUGGUCGCCAUUUUCCUGGUUGAGUUUGCGGUAUUCAUUCCGAUUACAUAUAUUGCCUCCUAUGCCGUCCAUGUCGGUGUCGACGAUACUCUCGCAUAUUCUCAAAUCAUAUUCCUCAAUAUCGGCGCCAUCCCCGGUCGAUUUCUUCCGGGUUUGAUUGCUGAUAAAUUCGGCCGGUUCAAUAUUAUGAUUCUCACGUCGUUGAUUUGUUCUAUCCUAACAUUGGCAUUAUGGCUAACUGCAGGAAAAAGCUUAGCAGCAAUUAUUUGCUACGCAGUGUUCUUCGGUUUCUGGAGUGGAGCAGCCAUUAGCCUUACUCCUGUCUGUAUCUCUCAGGUCUGCGCUACUGAAGACUACGGGAAGAGUACCGGGAUGACAUUUACGAUUGUUAGUAUUGGGACUCUCACUGGGAUUCCGAUUGCAGGCGCUAUCCAGGAGGCCGAUAAUGGCGGAUAUCAAGGUCUAAUUAUUUUCGGCGGUGUUUUGUACUUUGCGGCCACUGUUGCAUUUGUGAUCGCAAGAAUUAUUUGCGCGGGAUGGAGUCUGAAGGCCAAGUUCUAG